GGCCGCAAUUCAGGAGCGAUUGGUCUCGGCGUUGCAGCGACAGCGCGUGGCGCGACAUCUGCGUCGCGGCCGGCGGCUGUAGCGGCGGCGACGCGGAGAAACUUACCUUUCUGGCAAGGGCGCUGGACGGCGACCCCGCGCUCCGGGGCAAGUGGCGGCCCGCCGCGGCCUCGGCUUUGCCGCCCACGGCCGCUGAGGCAGUGCGGUGGGCCGCGCUGACCGCCCCCGCCGACGUGGUGGCUUUCCGCGAGGGCGAACUCGCGGCGCUUCGCGAAAGGGAUCGGGCUCUCCGGGCCAGUGGCGCCGUGGAAGAAUGGUUCCGGGGGGUGGACCCCGCCAUGCGGCGCGUCGCACAGCACGUGAACGGGCUGCGUGGAAUGGGCAUCGCGGAGCUGCUCGGCAACGCCGAGUCGACAAAUCGCGACAUUUCCUGUGGCCUCCGCGACGGCGCGCACGGCGACGCCAUCCUCCGCAAGACACGGGACGAGGCCGAGCUGGGGCGCAUCAGUUGCCCGGUGACGCUCCGCGACGUGUGCCUGGACGGGGCCGUCAUCGCUCCGAGGUUUGCGGUUGAGCAGCUCCGUGAAGACGGGUCCUCGAAACUCCGGUUGGUCGACGACGUGACCAAGGCUAG